UAUCAGAAGCAUGCGAAUCGGUUUAGAAACUUCAACUUGGUUCUGAACAUAAAGCACUCAACAUUUGUGUCGGCAAAAUAAAUAGGGCUGCCCGGGGCCCUUUAAUACAGUGGAUUUCUUCUUAUCUCACGUGAAGAGUUAUAACAGCUAAUGACUUCAGGAAAUCAGUCGUAAGUGGUUAUCUGACGCGCACUUUACCUAACUGUUUUUGGGCGGCGAGAUUAAUGCCAUCGAUUUUGGGGAAUAACAACCAGGAAGAAAAUCCCGACCUUGGCUAAUGAACUGUCAUUGGACUAAUGAACUGUCUUAUGAAGAGAAAUAGUGAUCUCUGAAGAAUACGAGUCCUUGGCAGUAUGAAGAGGCGGCGAUAUCUCAAGUUGUCGGUGGUGUUGCUGGUGAUUCUAGGCUCCACCUAUUACUUAAUUAAUGAGAAAAUUCAAUUCCGUAGUAAAUCUGAAAGCAAGAACCCAUUCUUGUGUUCUUCAGACAUCGGACACAAAAGUUGGCCAGCAAAUGCGUUGGCCAAGCCAGAAACCCUGCCGUUUGGGACAUUGAGCACAGAAAGAUAUUUCAAAACAAUUCUUGAAAAUUUGGAGACCUGUGAUCUUCCACAUCAGUUGAAGAACUUAUCUUGUCUGCGUUGUAUUGUCAUUGGCAAUGGGGCAGUACUUCGAAAUAGGACCUUGGGGAAAAAAAUAAACUCCUACGAUAUUGUCAUCAGAUUAAACAAUGGCCCUGUGAUUGGAUACGAAAAUGAUGUUGGGAAUAAAACAACAUUUCGAUUGUGUUACCCAGAAUCUGUUUUUAUCGAUCGUGAUGACAGCACGACAAUGGUUUUUGUUCCCUUUAAGACUGUGGAUUUGCGAUGGUUAAAAGAAGUGCUCUUAAAGAAGAGAGUGUCCUUGCGAGGCUUCUGGAAGAAACCACCGUUGGAACUUAUUUACAAGAAAGCUCAAGUUAGGGUACUAAACCCUUCUGUUGUUCAGAAAGCAGCUUUUGAGUUGCUGCAUCUUCCGAAAGUUGUUGCAUGGCCAAAGCCUCCUCAAUAUCCAACAACUGGGAUCAUUGCAUUAUCGAUGGCACUUACCAUGUGUGAUGAAGUUCAUGUAGCUGGCUUCAAAUAUGAUGCUAAGAAUCGUAAUGGCACUUUACAUUAUUACGGCAAUGAAACCAUGUCAACCAUGGAAAAGACGCAGUAUCAUAACAUUACUGCUGAACAAAUGCUUCUGAACAAGUUGAAAUUAUCAAAUAGGAUUUUUGAUUUGACUGGAUCUUUUUGAAAGGAGCGUCGACAUUGAGAUCUUUACAACACUGUUAUGAUAUCAAUAUUAACGGAACCACAGCCACUCCUUUUGUCUGAGCUUCCUUCACCUGUAUGGGAACACAAAGCACUAAUGUUUGGAUCACUGAAAAAAAUCUGGCACAGGUGACUGAAACAAUUCCUUGUGGAAAAGUGGGAGCUGCAAGUACUCUGAGGUAUUGAGGUUCACUGUCAUGGACUAUGUAACAAUAGAUGUCAGAAGGUUUAUUCGUUGACAAAAAUUGUUGUGGUUGAAGGAGGGUUUUUGCUUUUGAAAAUCUCAUUUUAAAAAGAUUUAAUUAACCAGCACAUUGCCUUUGUUUUUGUAAAUGAAAGAAUAUAUGUAUUUUGUUUGAUUGCUGAUUAUGUGAAGUUGUAAUUUUGAUUUGAAUAUUAUCUGCUCAGGACUGAGGCACGGUAAAUUUAUUUUGUGAUUCCAAGCAAAAUUCUCGAGCAAAGUUAUUUUGUAAUCACUCUUAUAGUUAAGUUAAAUUGUAAUAAACGUUUUAAUAGAUUUAUAAUGCGGAUAAAAUGGUGAAUGUUUCAAAUAAUUAAUAAAUGUUUGAAUUUUCCUGGAAGAAAAUUAUCUAUUAGCAAUUUACCUAACACUUUGCAAAGCUAGCGAACAUGUGAAGUUCAUUCAUGUUUCUCUUUACUGUUGCAAGCUGCUUUUGAGAUGUAUAUAUUUUUUGUUCUCUUUGUUAUUGGCAUUGUUCUGUAAAUUGCUCUAAUUCCAUUCUGAAUUUUGUAGACUCACCUGCUAAGUAAUGGCAACAUUUCUGCCUUAAAUUUGAAAAUGUUAGUCCAAUUAUUUGUCGUUUCAUUUUGUAUAAAAAUAAGUUUCAAUGAA